CACAGCUUAAUACUCGCAGUGGACGCACCGCCCUUGAUUAAAGCUCGUGACCUGAAGAAGACUGCAGUGUCUUUCACGCAGGCGAGAGAGGGCUGUCCCAGGAGGAGUGGUUCUGAUCCGAGUGUGAGGAUGGAGGGUCCCCCUGGGGUGGACUGGACAGUGAUCGUGCUGACCUGCCAACACAAGGACAGUGUGUACUCCUUCCAGAGAGAGCUGGAGUCCCGGCAAAGGCGAGGCUCUAUCCCGAAGGGGGCGCUGUUGCUGACUGUGGCAGACCCCCAGGCCAUGGUGGGGAGUGGGGGGGCCACACUGAAUGCCCUUCUGGUGGCUGCGGAACACCUGAGCGCCCGGGGUGGACACACUGUCAUCACCGCUGACGUCCUCCAGAAUGCUCACAUUCUCAUCCUGCACACGGGCAGGGACUUCCUGUUUGAUGGCUGCGGUCGAGCGUUCACCUGGCUGCCGACUGAGGGGCCUCCAGGGCCAGUGGCGGGGCCCGUCUGCAACGUGGACAUGCUACUACACUGCUUAACACACCAGAUUGCCCCCGGCUCUCCUCCGGGAGUGUGGGUGAGCAGCACUGACAUGCUCCUGCACAUCCCCUCAGUUCCAGAUAUGUGCUGGGAGGGGUUUGCUGGAGUGAAAGUGGUCUCUCUGCCUGGUGAUGUUGCCUAUGCCAGGAAUCAUGGCGUCUUCCUCACUGACCAGCAGGGCACAGUGUGUGACAUCAUUUACAGAGGUCCUGCGGAGAGGAUACAGGCCUGUGCUUUGCAUGAUGGGAAGGUCCCUCUGGUCUCAGGGAUUGUGUUUUUCUCUCGGGAGGUGGCUGAGCGUCUCCUCCAGACACACGUCACUCCCCCGCUCGAUGCUUGCACUUACCUGGGGCUGGAUUCAGGGGCACAGUCUGUACAGCUGUCGCUGUUCUUCGAUGUCCUGCUGUGCCUGGCACGCAACGUCACGGAGGAGGAGUUUGUGAGUGGGCGGAGGGAUGGGUGCAGUUCCCAGGAGGACCAGCAGCGGGCAGCGCUGAGGAACGCUCGCACCGUGCUGUGGAAGGAGCUCCGAGGCACCCCUCUCACCCUGGCAUACAUUCCUGGUGGUUGCUAUGACUACAUGACCCUGUCGAGCGAUGACCACAUCAGGAGCCUCACUACCAAAGCGAGGCCGGGCUCCACAGUGACGCACUCGCAUGUGGAGAUCCCCCGGUUACUAAGCGAUGGCUGCUCGGUGAUAAACAGCAUCUUCAAGGGGGAGGUCACAGUGGGGCCACACACUGUAAUCCAACACUGCCACCUACAGGGCCCCCUGCAGGUCCACACAGGCUGCCUCCUGUCCGGGAUUGAUGUUGUAUCAUCAUUCUCAGAGCUGUCCACUGUCCUCCUCUCUGAUGUUAUCAUCCAGGGAUAUUACAUCAGGCUGGGAGACAUGCGACUCCGCGUGUUCAGUGUAUUUGGUCGCUAUGACAACCUUGAGGUCUCCUCUGCGGACAGGAACGCCACAUUCCUGAACCAGAGCUGGACAGAGUUCUUUCAGAGGACCGGGAUCCAGCACGGGGAGCUGUGGGAUUCCGGGGGCCAAGUCACUGGUGAUGUGCCCUCUCUGCUCCGUGCUCGUCUCUUCCCGGUGUUCCAUGCCUCGGGGCCUGUGGGUCUUGGUGUGGCUCAGUGGCUGUGCGGGGGCGAGGGGCAUUGCCCGCAGUGGAGGCAGUCCUGGCGCAUGUCUCUUCAGGAGAUCCUGGGCUGUCUGGACCAGGAGGCAGAACUGGACUGGCGGAGAGAGCUGUUUUUCAGGGGGGCGCGUCUCCAAGCUAGGGACACUCUGCAGGGAAGAAGGGACCACAGCCUGCUACCACUCAUCCGCGCAGCUGUGCUGGACCAGCAGCAGGGGGUGCUGCUGAGGACACUCGACACAGUGGCUGUGGACGCUCAGGACCCCGGGGUAGCUGCCCGCACCCUUGCCUGCAUUGCUGAUGUGCUGGGCUGUAUGGCAGGGGGCGAGGGGGGUCUGCGGAGCGGCCCAGCAGCUAAUCCAGCCUGGACCCCCGGCUUCCAGCUGCUGGAGAGAGGAGAGCUGUCUGCUGGGGUGAAGACCCUGGCCAAGGAGAGGGAGCGUUGGCUCAGCAGACCGGACCUGCUGGUACGAGCCGCCCGUCACUAUGAAGGAGCGGGGCAAAUUCUCAUCCGCCAAGCUGUGAUGUCAUCGCAGAGAUUCAUUGCUAUUGGCCAACAGGAGCUCCCACCUAUCAACCAGUGGGUGGUGGUGGAGUGCCCAGCCAGACUGGACAUCUCAGGUGGAUGGAGCGACACCCCCCCCAUCACCUAUGAGCAUGGGGGUGCUGUGGUGAACAUUGCUGUGCGUGUAGACGGGCGCCGACCGAUUAGAGCACAAGUUCGGCGAAUCAGGGAACCUCGACUGCUAUUGGUCAGCUCUAGUUGGGGGCAGGGCUGCCAGGUUACCACGGAGACAGUCUGUGAAACACUGCAGGACCUCAAUGAUUACUGCCAGCCACACGCACCAGGAGCCCUGCUGAAGGCUGCCUGUAUCUGCACUGGCAUUGUGCACUACCCUUCCCAGCAGCCUCUGCGAGAGCAGCUGAUAGAGUGCUUCGGAGGCGGGUUUGAGGUGCGGAGCUGGUCCAGCCUGCCGCACGGCUCGGGUUUGGGCACUAGCAGUAUCCUGGCUGGCGCUGUCAUGGCUGCGCUCUACAGCUGUGCUGGGAAAUCCUGCAGCACCGAGUCACUGAUCCACGCCGUGCUACACCUGGAACAGAUGCUGACCACAGGGGGCGGCUGGCAGGACCAGGUUGGCGGAUUGAUGCCGGGGCUCAAGGUGGGACGUUCACGGGCACAACUUCCUCUCAGAGUGGAUGUGGAGUUCAUCCCAGUGCCAGACGAGUUCAUCCACACCCUAAACCAGCACCUCCUGCUGGUCUAUACUGGGAAGACGAGGCUGGCUCGGAACCUGCUGCAGGAUGUGGUGCGGAGUUGGUACGCCCGGCUGCCCUCCAUUGUGCAGAAUGCAGACGAGCUGGUGAGGAACGCAGAGGAGUGCGUGGCAGCCUUCAGAGAGGGGUCUUUGCCUCGAAUCGGCGCAUGUCUCGACCAGUACUGGCAGCAGAAGAAGCUGAUGGCGAGGGGGUGCGAGCCAGCGGCGCUGUGCACCAUGAUGGCAGCUCUGAGACCUCUGGCUCUGGGACAAAGCCUGGCGGGGGCCGGGGGAGGAGGCUUUCUGUACCUGCUGACCAGGGAGCCACGGCAGGGAGACCGUGUGAGAGACACCCUGACCCACACACAGGGUGUAGGAGAAUUCAGUGUCCAUGAGGUUGAAGUAGACAUCAGUGGAAUCUCAGUGCAACUGACCGGCAGUGACCAAGUCUGAAGAGAAUAAAUGGACAAUGAGAAGACUCUUCAAGCUUUUAUUUCACUUUUGAUUUUAUUUACUGUUAAUUUUUGUAAAAAAAAUAAAAUAAAUAAAUAACAA